GUGUGUGUGUGUGUGUUGUGUCGUAAGGAUGGGGUUUGUUGUGAAUCUUCAGAGUAUGUGACUGUUUGGAGCUCCAGUGAAUGUCUGGAUUCAGUGUGGAUGAGCAGAGAUCAGAGCCGCACACCACAGUCACUGCUGGAUAAACUCUCUGAAGAGACAUCCAGACACACACAGGACUCAGAUCUCAGUCUGUCUUUACUCUCUUAUACUGAGUCAAAGCUCACAGACACUCAGGACACUACAGUGUGUGACAGUAAACAGAGCUUACAGGAGGAUCAAACCUCCACAGAGUCUCUGGAUUCUGUCUGUAACGCUGGAGAACAGCAGCAGAUCCUGCAGACCAAACUCAAGAUGUCUUCAGUUAAACCGAUGGACAGUGGGAACCUGAUGAUGAAGAUGAGAAGAGAAACUACAGCAGAUGAAGAUCACACUGAGGAAGAUGAUGACAAUCAUGAUGAUUUUAUUCCUUCAGAUAAGAUCAGUGAUUCGUGUUUGGAUGGAGAAAUAACGUCUUUAUCAUCAAAAGAGCGACAGACGGCACAAACUCUUUCCUGCAUCACCGAUGGAGAGACAUUGAGCUCACCGAGACAUUUAGAUAGAAAUGCAGAACAAAAACUCUUGACCUCCACCAGAUCUGAGAUCAGCUUCACUACCUUACAAAAGUAUAAACGUCAUCAUUCAAAAGUGCACAGAGAGAUGAAGAAGAAGAAGCACUUUCACUGUCAGCAGUGUGGGAAGGAUUUUGGCUUCUUAUCUCGGCUAAAAAUUCACGUGAGGACACACAGUGCUGAAAAGUCUUUCUACUGCACUGAAUGUGGCAAAUAUUUCAGCACCAAACGAGGUCUUGAUAUUCAUCACAGAAUUCAUACAGGAGAAAAACCAUACGAGUGUCCUCACUGUGAGAAGAGAUUCAGCCGAAACCAUCAUCUGAAGUCACAUAUGCUUAUACACACCAAUGAAAGACCGUAUCAGUGCAGUCAAUGUGACAAAACCUUUAAGAAUUCAUGUUCAUUAAAAAAUCACCAGAAUAUUCACUCUGAGGAGAAAUGCUAUCAGUGUUCACACUGUGAUAAAUGUUUCUGUCAUAAAUCUAAUCUGAUAGCCCAUGAGAGAGUUCACACUGGAGAAAAACCUUACGUCUGCUCUCACUGUGGAAAGGGUUUCUCUGAUUCAAGUACUUUUAAAGUUCAUCAGAGAGUUCAUACUGGAGAGAAACCAUACGAGUGUCCUCACUGUGAGAAGAAAUUCAGCCAAAAACCUAAUUUACAGACACAUAUGCGUAUACACACCAAUGAGAAACCGUAUCAGUGCAGUCAAUGUGGAAAAACUUUUAGGGAUUCAAGUUCAUUAAAAUCACACCAGAAUAUUCACUCUGAGGAGAAACGCUAUCAGUGUUCACACUGUGAUAAAGGUUUCUGUCAUAAAUCUAAUCUGAUAGCCCAUGAGAGAAUUCACACUGGAGAAAAACCUUACGUCUGCUCUCAAUGUGGAAAGAGCUUCACUACUCAAAGUAAUUUUAAAGUUCAUCAGAGAAUUCAUACAGGAGAGAAACCUCAUCACUGUACUGUUUGUGGGAAGAGUUUCAGCAAAAAAUUUAAUCUAAAGAAACAUGUGCGUAUUCACACCAAUGAGAAACCAUAUCAGGUUUUAGUGAAACACAAUAGAACUCAUACAGGUGAAAAACCGUUACAAAUGUUCUCAGUGUGAGAUGCCAGAUUCCUUAAAAGUCCAUUUGAGAGUUCAUACGUGAGAGAAACCUUACGGGCCCUAUCAUACAUCCAGCUCAAUGUGCGACACAAGUGUCUUUCACUAGUUUCAACCUGGCGAAAUUAUAAUUUUCACGUUUAGCUAGCACCAAGUUGUUUAAAUUGCAAAUGCAUCUGCGCCCAAUUUUGCACCCAUGGGCGUUCUGGUCUGAAAAUGAGGUGUGUUCAGGCACAUUCUUGGUGCGUUGCUAUUUUGAGGUAACUAAAAUAGACUCUGCCAUUGACCAAGUAAAACCUGCUCUAAAGUCAAUGGCGCAAUAUUGUUUUUGUUAUUUAAUGAGCUCAUUAGUAAUACGACGACAGUGCGCGUUUGCUUAUCACACACAUGGAUGCGCAGCAGGACACAACCCUUUUAUAAUAUGAAAAAUUAAAGGAUUAAAAUGUAAAAGAUUAUUAUUGAGUCUCUUGGACUUAAAUGAGGACCGAUUAUGAGACGUUAGAAAGUGUAAAGAGCUGCUUCACCUGUAGCUUGGUAAGAAAUUGUUUUGCUUUAAACAAAUGCUUCUGUUUUUAAAUGUUUUUUAAAUGCUACCUCACGAAUUUGUACCUGUGGAUAUGGUGAGAUAAGAAACAUUUUUAAGUAAUGCUUUAAAAAAAAACAUGGCGCUGUCUGGGUGCUGAAACUGUUAAUUUGUAAAUUCUUUAUCUUCUCUUUGUUACAAAUAAAGUAUUUUUAGAGCACAAA